ACCAGGGCUUGAGGAUCCCUGGAGUGCACAGCAGCAGGAUUGUCGUGUCGUGUAUCUGGCGUCAGGUGGCGAUGAAGACCAAACGACUCAUAUUGAACUCAUACAAAGAUAGAAGAAGAAGAGGACGAACUGAAGUGGAUAUAAUCAGCCAAAAUGAUUGGAGAUCUUAUCAUUUUUGGCACUCUGCUCGUGAACGCCGGCGCUGUGCUCAACUUUAAACUAAAGAAGAGAGAAACGCAGUCUCAAGGGUUUGGCGAUGAAUCUGGAUCGUCCAGAACUGGUGACAACAUCAGAGAGUUUUUGCUGAGUCUGCGGUACUUUCGUAUAUUCAUUGCUCUUUGGAACAUUUUCAUCAUGUUUUGCAUGAUCUUGUUAUUUGGUUCAUAAUUGAUGGCUGUUACAGUGAGGAUCACUACAGACACUAAGGAUGUAAUUAUUGCAGCAUUGGGUGGAUUUCCUGCAACAGGGUUUUUAGUGUGAGAUGUCAUAUAUAUAUAGUCUAAUCCAGCGUCUUACAAGUAUAUUUUGUACAGAAGUGUGUAUGAUAUUGGCUUUACUUUGUGAAUCAAAUGGGGUCAGAAAACACACGUGGGACCUACAUUUUUGUUAAGAGUUUAAAGCAGAGCUGUGCACUUGGUGUGAAUGGUCUUUUCUCUGUACCCUAAACAAAUACGGUCAGUUAUUCCAAUUUUAGACAUACUAUCCACUAAUGUAAAACCUUUGAGAAGCAAGCUUUUUGUGACCAUUCAUAAAAUGAAAGAAUAAACAUU